GCCAACUGUAAUUAAAGAAGAAGAAGAACCCUCUCCAGCCUUUUUCCUGUACACGUCGCUCUACGGCGAUUGUGACGUAUCCAUUAGCCGGGCAGCCACAGGAGUAUAGUACUCAAUUAAACCAUGGAGACUCUCUUCAGCCUACCGUUUACUGUACUGGAAUGUCCGAACAUCAAACUUAAAAAACCGUCAUGGCUACAUAUGCCUUCUGCAAUGACCGUAUAUGCCGUCGUGAUUGUUUCGUAUUUUCUCAUUACCGGUGGCAUCAUAUAUGAUGUGAUCGUUGAACCUCCAAGUGUCGGAUCAAUGACAGAUGAACACGGGCAUCAGAGGCCAGUGGCUUUUCUGGCGUACAGAGUGAAUGGGCAGUACAUUAUGGAGGGGCUGGCCUCCAGUUUUCUCUUCACCAUGGGAGGCCUUGGCUUCAUAAUUCUGGAUCGCUCUAAUGCGCCCAACAUUCCCAAGCUCAACCGUUUCCUUCUGCUCUUCAUUGGCUUUGUCAGUGUGUUGCUAAGCUUUUUUAUGGCCAGAGUCUUCAUGAGAAUGAAACUACCUGGUUAUCUUAUGGGUUAAAGCUGCAAUAUUGCAAAUGCUACAAGCAGAGAUGACAUACAGAAAACCAUGUUUCAGUGCCAAGGACUUCAGUCUCAUUCAAAGUCUGAUCAAUUAUUUCCGCUGGAAGAAUUUCCCUCACUUUUUUUUUCUUCUUAAAAUUUUGUCUAGUAGGACACUUUACCUUACUGCUUCAUGAAAAUGUGCUAAAUUUACUUUUCAACAUUGUUAAUAAAAAAAUUUCCAUGUUAAAAAGUCCACACGAUGGUCAAUAUUAUACGGAUAUAAUCCAUUUAGCAUAUCUCCUUAUAACUGUUAUUUUGUAGAAAGCCUGUUCAUAAAUUGCUGCCUGAUGUGCAGUUUGUUUUCUGUAAUAAACAAAUACUUAACAAAAAA